AUGGCUAUAAAAUUAUCGCGUCAAAGCUAUACUUCUUCAUCCACACAAUCUCGUCCCGUUCGAAACUUUCCUAACACGGAAGAACUUGAAAGUAUAAUUUCAAAAAUCGUAAAGUCAGAAGAAAGGAAGGAAAUCGAAUCUAUGACUUUUCUUUCCUUACAUGAUUUAAUUGUUCCAAGUUUAAAGCCCAAGCGCACGGGUCCACCUAGAGCACAAAAUUGUUUUUUGAUAUUCAGGAAGGAUCUACAGGCCAAUAUGAAAUCUCAAACGGACCUAAGAAUGACUUCAAACGGUUUGAUUUUUCGAAAAUACUUGAAAAAGUAUUUACAAAUUUAUAUGGCAUCGCCCGACGACAAAGCAUCUGGAAUGAGGAUAGUUUCGAAUACCGCUUUUAAGAUGUGGACACAUGAAACUGAAAUUAAGCGUGUCUAUAAAAAAGUUUCAAAGAUUGCAAAAGCUGUCCAUAAAUUCAUGUGGCCGGAUUACAAAUACAAACCAAACAGGAAAAAACGUGUACAGAAUUCUUUUCGUUGUGAUCCUUAUAUUCCUGUACCUCUUCAACAAACACACAUGUACCCUUUUGCAUAUUCUCAUAACUUUGUUUCUUUUCCUCGAAUCCCACAUAUCAAACAGUUAGAUAUUAACCCAAGUAAGUUAAAUUAUUUUAAUGACAGAAUUCUCUGUCAGUCUGUUGACAGACACGUGAAGAUUUAA